ACAGUUCCCACAAAUGUAGAAAAAGGCGUGUCUUACUAACUCAUCCACAGAGGUAAAAUUAAUGCAUUUCAAGAGGCUGAAAAGUAAGUUAAGUCUGGGGUUGACAAACGUCGCAGCGAUGACCGAGGGAACACACCUGAGAAGGAGAGGAGGACCUUACAAGACAGAACCAGCCACAGACCUGAGCCGCUGGAGGCUGACCAACAAUGAAGGCAGACAGACCUGGAGCUAUGUGGAGGAAAACGACACCCCAGACAGAGAGCAGACCAUGCUAGAAGCAUUUAGUCUUGGCUUGGAUACUAGCAAGUUUGUUUCUGAUAGUCCAGCUGCCGUCACUGCUUCUGAUGCCUCUGUGAAAGGUAUGCAGUUCUACAGUCUACUCCAGGCUGAAGACGGUCACUGGGCUGGGGACUAUGGUGGACCCCUCUUCCUGCUCCCAGGCCUCCUUAUAACAUGCCAUGUGGCUCAGAUCCCGUUGCCUGAAGCCUGGAAGAAAGAGAUGGUGAGAUACCUUCGCUCAGUUCAGCUGCCAGAUGGAGGCUGGGGUCUACAUAUAGAAGAUAAGUCAACAGUUUUUGGCACUGCAUUGAGUUAUGUAUCCCUGAGAAUCCUGGGUGUGGAUGCUGAUGAUCCAGAUAUGGUCCGUGCCAGAAACAACCUGCACGACAAAGGUGGAGCAGUUGGAAUUCCCUCUUGGGGUAAAUUUUGGUUGGCCAUUUUAAAUGUCUACAGUUGGGAAGGAAUCAACACGUUACUACCAGAGAUGUGGCUGUUCCCCACCUGGAUGCCAGCCCAUCCCUCUACGCUGUGGUGUCACUGCCGCCAAGUCUACCUUCCCAUGAGCUACUGUUACGCCGUCAGACUCAAAGCACAGGAGGAUUCCCUCGUUCUUAGCCUCAGACAGGAGUUGUAUGUUCAGGAUUAUGCUUCUGUUAACUGGCCUGCUCAGAGGAACAAUGUGGCUCCAUCCGACCUAUACACGCCUCACAGCACACUGCUAACUGUGGCUUACAUGGUGUUAAACAUGUAUGAAGCUCAUCACAGUGCUGCGUUAAGAAAAAUGGCGGUCAAAGAACUAUACGAGCACAUCCAGGCCGAUAACCGCUUCACUAAGUGCAUCAGCAUUGGACCGAUCUCCAAGACUAUCAACAUGCUAGUUCGCUGGUAUGUGGAUGGUGCUUCUUCAGCAGCCUUUCAGGAACAUGUCUCCAGAAUACCCGACUAUCUCUGGCUGGGAUUAGAUGGCAUGAAAAUGCAGGGAACAAAUGGAUCCCAGCUCUGGGACACUUGUUUUGCUGUUCAAGCGUUUCUUGAGGCAGGAGCCCAGAAUGACAGCAGAUUCACCGACUGUCUUCAUGAGGCCCAUCGCUUCCUCAAUAUUACACAGAUACCUGAGAAUCCUCCAGAAUAUCAAAAAUACUACAGACAGAUGAACAAGGGCGGCUUCCCCUUCAGUACUCGUGAAUGUGGUUGGAUUGUGGCAGACUGCACAGCAGAGGGCCUGAAGUCAGUGAUGCUGCUGCAGGAACUCUGUCCCUUCAUUAAGGAUCACAUCCCUUCUGAGCGUUUGUACGAUGCUGUCAAUGUGCUGCUGAGCAUGAAAAAUUCAGAUGGUGGAUUUGCUACAUAUGAAACUAAAAGAGGAGGGAGACUCUUGGAGCUGCUAAAUCCCUCUGAGGUGUUUGGUGACAUUAUGAUAGAUUACACAUAUGUGGAGUGUACUUCAGCAGUGAUGCAGGCUCUGAGGCACUUCCAGAAGGUGUACCCAAAUCACCGUGCAGAGGAGAUAAGGUCAACUCUGCAUGAAGGACUGGAGUACUGCAGGAGGGUACAAAGGCCUGAUGGAUCCUGGGAAGGAUCUUGGGGAGUUUGUUUCACGUAUGGGAUCUGGUUCGGACUGGAAGCUUUUGCUUGCAUGGGACACACUUACAAGCAAGACAGUGGUGUGUGUGAGGAGGUGCAGAAAGCUUGUCAGUUUCUGCUGGACCGGCAGAUGUCAGAUGGAGGGUGGGGGGAAGACUUUGAGUCGUGCGAGCAGCGAUGCUACGUCCAAAGCAGUGCCGCACAGAUACACAACACCUGCUGGGCUUUGUUGGGGCUAAUGGCCGUCAGGCAUCCAAACAGACAAGCCAUUGAGAGAGGAGUUCAGUUGCUGGUUAAUAAACAGCUUCCCAAUGGAGACUGGCCUCAGGAAAAUAUUGCUGGUGUUUUUAACAAGAGCUGUGCCAUAAGCUACACUUCCUACAGAAACGUUUUUCCAAUCUGGACCCUGGGCCGCUUCUCUCGGCUUUACCCCAAUAAUCAGUUGGCUGGAAAGAUGAAGCUGUGAAAACAGAAGACUGUACUUUAAGGGACAAUUUACUCUGUAGUUAAAGUAGAGUAAACCAGCAGACAUUAAUAAGUAUUUAAUUAACAGAAUGUGGAAUAGCUUAACAUUAAAUCCACAAAUUGAAACACAA